AUGUUUCAUUUUCAGAACAUUGUCCAGAAAGAUGUCAUAAUUCGUGGUGAUCUGGCCGCUAUACGAAGCGGGCGGUUUUGUAUUAUACGGCAAGGAACAUUGAUACGACCAAGUUCGAAGAAAUUUAGUAAAGGAGUCACGUUGUUCCCAGUUCACAUUGGAGACCACGAUUGUGUGAUUAGCGCAGCACAGAUAUGCUCAUUCGUGCAUAUAGGCGCUGGAUCAGUGAUUGGUGGCAGUGCGGUGUUGAAAGAGUGCUGUCGUGUCCUACCAGGAAGUGGUAGUUGCUGCCGACUCCGUGUUCCCGCCGUAUAG